GCGGCCUGUGUCCCGGAGGCAGGUCGGGGCCUGGUCGCCAGGGCCGGGGCUGCCCGACAAUGACCCAGGCGAUAGGUGCCGGAGGAUCCCAUUAACGAGGCGGCGUGUGGAGACAAAGGCAUGGAUUGCGAAACAAUAAAGGUCAAUAUUCCACUUGACGAAAACAAUAUUGAACAAAAGACAAAAAUACUAUUCUCUGUAACUAUGACAAACAUAAACUUUCCAUUUUUUCCCUCCCGGUCCUUUUCGAAAUGUUCGCUCGAAUUUUUUUAAAAAAGUGUAGGUGACGGCCAUUCGGCCCAUCAGCUCUGUACUGCUGCCUCUCUGAAUGAGUAAUCAUUCCAGGCCCACUCUGAUUCCUCCACCUUCAACACCACGGCAUAUUCACAGAAUAAAUUUAAGAAAGAAAUGAUCAUGUUCCAAAUUACUUCAAAUAAGAGAGGAAUACACUAUUUACAGCUUUGGAGACUGUUCCUCAGAUUCCCUUUUUUGAAAACAGGACAGAAAGGGUUGCUAGGCAACCAUCACAACAUCCCCCCCCCCCCCCCCCAAAGUCUCUUCCAACCAAGUUUUUCAGCAGGAAAGGGCAAAUAAUUCCAUCUCUGAUCUCACUAAAAGCUUUGAUUGCCUUUUUUUCCAAAGUCACUUGACUUUCUAAAAUCAAUAGGUGGAAUACAGCCCACAUGAAAUCAUUUGCCUCAUUUCUUUGAAAAAUCCAGUUUAAUUCAGAUAGUGUCAAAAGAUCCAGAUUCAAGUACCAUUCACCUGGAUAUGUGCAAUAAUGCCGUGAAAAGCAUCAUAUUAUGCUUCAAAAGGGCAUGGACAAGUUCGCUGAAUGCACAGACAGAUCACAGAUGAAGUUCAGUGCAAAGAAAUGUGAGUUCUGUGUAUGAUCGGCUUCGAUUGAUGAUGGUGUCGUCCAGGACAGUGACAAUCGUGACUCUCUCUGUUGCGUUGGGUUUAUUCUUUGUCUUCAUGGGAACCAUCAAAUUGACGCCAAGACUGAGCAGAGAUGCUUACAGCGAGAUGAAAAGAGCUUAUAAGGAAUAUGCCAAGGCCCUGCCAGUGUUAAAGAAGAUGGGUAUCACAUCAGUCCUGCUGCGAAAGUUAAUUGGCACACUGGAAUUGUCAUGUGGCAUUGUGAUGACACUGGUACCUGGGAGGCCCAAGGAUGUGGCUAACUUUGUACUGCUUCUGGUCAUGCUGGCUGUGCUUUUCUUCCAUCAGCUGGUAGGUGAUCCACUCAAGCGCUACGCCCAUGCACUUGUCUUUGGGAUCCUGCUGACCUGCCGGCUGCUGAUCAUUAGGCAGGGGGAUGACAAGAACAUGGCUCCAGGAGGCCUGAUGAAGGAGGUGCAAGCUAGUGGAGAUACCAAGACUGAGACUGAACAAGACAAAGGGAAGCUUAAAACCUCCUAACUCGGCUCAUAGCAGCGGAGUUUCGGCACCAGGCAAAGUCCCCCCGGAAUCUUUAUAUCACACUGCAUUCAGUUAGAAGUGAAUGAUUAAUAAUCCUUGAAGACCUGGUGACAGGAAAUCUCAGAGAACUAACAGGACCUCUCCACUGAGACAAAAAUUCAGUUUGAUCCCAAUCAAUAUUCUUCAGUAUAAAAUCCUUAUGUCCCCAGUCUGUACUUAACUGUGUUCUAUAUUAAUGAUAAACACAUCAGCCAAGGGGGAUCAUUCACAGUUGAAAAUGAGACCUCAAAUUCACUUCAUGGAGAGAGGGAGGAAGUGACAGCCUCCAAAUAAAGACAGAGUUUCAGCAACAGUGAAGUUUCAACUUUGAACUAGGCUCCCAGAAGUGAUAAGUUCUCUGGAAGAUUCAAUCCUACACAUGCCAGUGAAAUGAAACCAAACUUUCCCCAAGGUCAGACUUCUGCUUCUUGUUGACAAAAAAAUUUUCAUGACUGGAGUCAUUGCAAGAAUUGGAAAUGAUUUACUUUUCAAAAUACAACAUAUAAUCUGGACAGUACACAGCAGCAGUAGCCAUGGGCAUCCAGAGAUUACGUCAUGGAAGCUGGGUGGAUUUCAGCUACAAUUUCCACUCCCUCGCCCAUUACUUAUGUCUCUCUCUCUCUCCCUCUGUCUCUCCAUCAUCUACCUCUGUAUCACCUCCCUCUUCCUCCCCAUUAUCUCAUCUUUCUCCCUAUAACCUCUCUCUUGCUUCUCUUUUUCUCACUCUGUUACUUCCCUCUCCCCCUCCUCCAUUAACAUACUCAAUCAUGUUGCCGAUAACAUUUUUUUUUCAUUUCAGUUAUUUGUUAUGAUGGGUGAUUAAUGAAAAAAGUUGUACUGUAGGGAAGGGCAGUGAGCAGACUGAAACCUUUUAUCACUAGGAGGAAUUGUUGACUUUCAGACGAGGGGAUUGUAGCUGCUUUAAAUAACAUGUGGACGAUGGGAACAAUUGGAUGUCAGAAUUGAAUAUCUGUAGCCUCAAAAUAAAGAGAACAGACCCAGAUUAACCAAAUGACUGUUUAUCCAAAUUUCACAUUACAAGAUGAAAUCAAUGUCAAUGCUAUUGGCUUCAGUGAGUCCAUGCAUGUUAUCAUAUUUUAUUUGAUAUAUUUUGUUAAUUACUGUCAAUUAGAAACAUAAUUUCUGGCAAAUCAAACAAAAAUGUUGAAAAAUAAACAGCCACACUGUCAUAAUCUCUCCUGUAUUACUUCAUGUCACGACUGCAUUUUUCAAAACUCAACAGAAAGAUUCUCCUCUCUUGAAGGUGCUGUCACUGGAACAUAGGUUUGCUACUCUCUGCGCGCGCUGACUUUCACUGGUUGGGUGCUGGUCCACUCAUCUCCUGAAGGUGCAGAUUCCAAAAGGAUGCCGGUCCCCUCCUCUCCUGAGGUUGCUGACUCCAACUGAGACAGAGAUGUCCUACCUGACUGCAGGUGCUGACUUGCAAUUGAUGCUGGAAAUGUUCUGUCUCUCACCUCUGACCAUUAUCAUGUCACUGUUUAUCAUAGAUGUUAGUAGUAAAAGGAUAAGUAUAUGUAGGGUUAAAAUUUGUUUUACAUUUUAUAUGGUUAAAGCUUUUACUUUAAUUUUACCAUUAGACAGCUGUUGAUCUUUACUGCAGCUGCAGCUAAUAAAAUAGGAAAAGUUCAUUACCAGGAUGCUUUGGAAUUGAAUGUGUCGAUGUACAAUACAAACGCCUGUGCUGUUUGAUUUUGUUAAAAUCCAUGUCUUUAUUCAUUUUUUGUGAAGUUAGAUAGCUGAGGCAGUCCUGAGACACAAAGUGGGACAGUGGAACCCAAGAUAUCAAUUUAAAUCCCCGGUGAUAGCCAAGUUGUCAUCUUUUGUUUUCAAGAAACUAUACCUUCUUAUUUACAAUAACACUUGUCUUGCCAAAGUGAAUCAACAAGUAUAGUAAGAAAUCAAUGAUAAAGUUCUUAAGAUCUUUUUGCAUAGUCAGGUUCAGCAAAGUUGCAUCCCUAUCUGGGGCAAUACAGUAAUAUUGUUAAUUUCUCUGUGUAUCUCCUGGUCAAAUGCAUUGUGCAUGUUUGGUCUUUGUUGAAUACAAUAAACAGAGUAUGUUGCAAA